AUGGAUAAAUCGCCCGCGAGGUGCUUCAAUUUACUUUUCCUGGAGGAGGAUGAGGAGUACAUGGAUGACAUGCUGAUAACGAUGCGGAGGAGGCAGCCGGGGGGGUUGGAGCCGUUGAGUCGGGGCAGCCCCACGGAGCAGCUGGCCGGGGCGCAGCAGUUGGCCGGGGCGCAGCAGUUGGCCGGGACGAAGCAGCUGGCCGGGGCGCAGCAGUUGGCCGGGACGAAGCAGCUGGCCGGGACGCAGCAGCUGACCGCGACACAACAGUUGGUGGUCACCCGAGGGAGGCUGCGACUGUGCUCGAAGUCCAUAGUGUUCGAGCCGCACAGCGUGGAGGACCCCGUUUUGAAGUUCCCCUUUAAGAAAAUGGAAAACGCCAAGCUGGGACCCCUGGGAAACGAAAUCAUAAUCAAGGCAUCUGAAGUUAUAAAAAUGAAAACAAUUGUGCAUGCCAGGAAAACGAGGUGCACGUCUCAGUUCACGUACGACCGGAAGAACAGGCGCAUCCUGAACGUGAUGAAUAGUCUGUAUAAUGAGUACUACGAGGAGAUCCGCGCGAUCGACAAUGACAACAUUGAUGAGAAGAUCCCCCUGUUCGAGCGGAUACUGAACAAUUUUGACGAGAACGAGGAGGGGCCUUCCCCGGUGGUUAGCGCGUCGAACAGCAGCAUCCGCGCGUCUCUUGUAGGUAGCGGGGUUGGGAGCGGUAGCGGCGUCGGCAGCGGCAUCAGUAGCGGCAUUGGCAUUGGCAUCGGUAGCGGCAGCGGCAGCGGCAGCGGGGGAGCCUCCUUCGUGUACUUCUUCCAAUGCGACGGAGCAGCAAACAGCGCGAAGAAGCUGAGGGAGGUGUACGACAUAAUGGUGAAGAUAAAAAUUGCCAUGGUGGUGCACGAGAAGCAGAUGGAGAUACUAAUAAAGGAAAAGAAGAAGAAGCAGGAGGAGGUGGAAAUACAUUUGGAAAAGUACAUAGAAAGGAUCAUGGAGAAACUGACAGAAAAUAUAAAAUUUGACAUAAGUAGUAUUGGGCUUCACGAAAAAAUUAUCACGAAUCGAAUGGAAGGAUAUUGGGUUUUUAAAAUCUCUCCUCUGUUGAGAACAAAGGGAUUGCUAAACAUAACAAACAAAUUUAUUUAUUUUCAAGCCAAUCCGAAUUUCACAAAUAAAAAGGAGAAAAAAUGGAAAACAGAAUCCAUCCUUCAUGUUUUUAAAAGAAUUAUAAUCAUGAAACCAAACGCGUUGGAAAUUAUAUUCGACCAUGAGAGUAAAAAGAAGUACAGCUCUCUCUACGUGGAAUUUGUCAACUUUGGCGAUAGAGAGCAAAUAAUUGCAGUUUUGAAAAAAAUCAACCCUCAAUGUUUUUUUAUCGAAGAAAAUAAAGACUUUGUGUAUGCUAUUCAGAAGAAGUGGGAAGGAGGGGCCAUAUCGAAUUAUGAAUAUAUCGAUUUCAUUAAUUGUCUUGCUGGAAGGAGCAGGAAGGAUUUUUCUCAGUACCCUGUGUUCCCAUGGAUCCUUUGUGAUUACGCAAGGGAUGAAUUAAAUCUCAGUGAUGAUUCCAUGUUUAGAAAUUUGAGAAAACCAGUUGGGUGUCUAAAUACAGACCGAUUGAAUUCUUUGAUAGAAAAAAUGCAAGACCAUGAUUAUUUUUAUGGUUCCCAUUACUCCACAUUGGCAUAUGUUGUGUACUUCCUCAUUCGUUUACAUCCUGAAUGUCAGUUAAAACUACAGAGUGGAAAAUUCGAUACACUGUCUAGGAUCUUCCUCUCCAUAGAGGGAACAUUUAAUACUGCUUUGAAUGCAAAUUCGUCAUUUAUCGAAUUAAUUCCAGAAUUUUAUGAAGAUAAUGAUAAUUUUUUAAAAAAUAUACUUAAUAUUAGCUCUAACGAAGGGAACAUACACGAUGUUAUUCUUCCAAAAUGGUGUUCCUCAGCGAAAGAUUUUUUAAUUAAAAUGAAAAAUGCUCUCGAGAGUAACUAUGCUAACAAGCAUUUAAACGAAUGGAUUAACUUAAUUUUUGGGUACAAGCAAAGUGGACAAAUUGCUAAAGAAAAUUUCAACCUCUUUCACCCAUUGACUUAUAUGCAUACUAUUUUGAAUGAGAAGCUCUCUGCUGCUAACUGUAAUUUUCAUCGAGAGAGAUUAAGACAGGAGGAGGAAAACGAAUUUGAGAGGAACUUUAACGAAAAAAUAAAAUCCCUUAUUACGACUAUGCCUUCCAAAGCGUUGAAAACACAGCUACAUGAGUUUGGACAAUGCCCUUUUCAGAUUUUCAGGGAACACCAUGUUUGUAGAAAAUCUUCCGUUACGUUUAAGUACAGAGAGGAUAUUAGAAAUUCUCCCUGGUAUUACUCUCCUGUGUUUAACCAAGUGUUGCGUGAUUUGUAUUUUAAACGAAAGCGCAGGAAAGACUUGAAGAUGAGAAGGAGGAUGCUCAGCCGCAGUUCCCUUCUGGCGGGCGCCAACAUGAGCCAGGAGGAGGGGGACGACGAGGGGGACGACGACGAGGGGGACGAUGAGGAUGAUGAGGAGGACGACGAGGAGGAUGAUGAGGAGGAGUUGGACGACGACGAAGCGGAGGAGGAAGAAGGCCACUACGACGAGCCCUACCGUGAUGAGGGCCCUCGUGAAGGAGCCGUCCCGCCUGAUGGGGCUAGCGAGGAGCCCACGCAGGAUCCCCUCCGAGGUAAGAACAAAAGACGAGGCAUCGAGGUGAGCACCUCCCUCCAGGAGGAAAGAAACAACACCAAGUACACGCGGAAAAGGGAGUCAGAAAAGGAAGCCUAUGGAGGAGGAGGAGGGGAGUAUUUGAAAAGGCACCAAUGGAAAUUACAUAGAAUCGAUCACUUCCCUUGUGUUGUCAAAGGGGUUGGGUACAACCACUCAAACGUCUGCUUCGUCUGCAACAAUGGGUUCAUAAAAAUAAUCAGUCACAAUGAUCUAAUUAGGAACGAAAUGAAAAACAAUAACAAUUUGAUUUCGCUAAAAAUUGGCGACGAAAAUUUCUCGUGCGUUACCAGCGCACAGGGCAACUACCUCGUAGGGACCUCCAACGGAAGUGUUGUCCUUUUAAAUCCGCAGAGUAUUUUGAAGGUGAACGAGGAGGGUGCGUCAUCAGGAAGGCGGCCAGGGGUGGCAGCAUCUAGCGGGGCUACGCCACCUGAGGGAGAGGCCCACGGGGAUGGCGUCAACCCAAGGGAUGCCGCUAACCCAAGGGAUGCCGCUAACCCGAGGGAUGCCGCCAACCUAAGGGAUGCCGCUAACCCAAGGGAUGCCGCCAACCCGGGGGAUGCUGACGCCCUGUCAGACGACUCGAGCAUCCAGCUGAGCGACUCCGGUCACUCGUUACUGUCUUCCUUCGACGACGUGUUUGAGUAUGACGCACACAUGGGGGGGAAGAAGAACAAAGGUAAGCAAAGGAAAAAGGAUUUUCUCCGAAACGCAAAUAUUUACAACCAAAUGAUAACGAGGAAAUUGCAUAACGACACAGUGAACAGCAUGAGCUUUUUCGACAGUUACCUCGCGACAGGCUCGGCGGACGAAACGGUGCAACUGAUAAGCAUUGAGAGGGACUUUCACAGUUUACAAAUAUACGAUAAUUUCACCGAAGCUGUAAAGUUCGUGCAGCUAAAAAAUAAGUUGUUGUUUACACACUCGGAUGGAUUCAAGCUGUUCGACAUACGGGUUCCGCGGAGGAACGUGCAGUUGGGUAACCUGAACGGGAAGAGGAACCCCGCCAGUGGUCACGGGGCAAGAGGGAAAAUUCUACCAAAGGGGAUUAGUAGUGCACUAGGUUCCGGUAGGUUCUUUCACCUCUACGAUAAUGAGCAAGUUAGACGCUUCUACAGAACCAUCCAGAAGGUAUACGAGCAAAGUUACAUCACCGUAAAUUAUAUGACCCCGCAAUACUUAUUUGACAAAAAAAUGAAAAAAAAUUUGAAUCAAACUUAUUUAAAAAAUUCAAACAGUAUUAUUUACUGCUCUCUUAUGAAUGAUAACACCAUCUUUAGUUUAGACAAAUGCAGUAACUCAUAUUUUUAUGACAUUAGGGGGGAGAACUGGGUGAAUGCUCUCUCGACCACAAACACAGAGCUCAGAAGGAGAAGCACCUUCCUCAUCGCAGCUAGCUGUGACAACAGGCAACACUUAUGUGCAGUUAACACUGUAGGAGAUGUAUUUUUUGAGCCCAUACAGUUUGGCAGCCAUUUUGGGGGCCAUUUGGGGAGUCAUUUUAACACCCCUGUUGGGGGGGAUGAUGGCAGUCCUACAAUGGGACUUGCAAGGACGAAUGUUUUCACCUCUAGAUGUUCCUUCAGCCCGUCUUACAUUUCGUUUAUUAAUCACUCAGACUCCUUGGGAGAUUUGCCUGUCCACAAUGACGCCGGCAGUGGAAAUGCCUCCUGCAAUUAUAUAUUAUUUACGGGGGCUGACGGGAAGAUGGAGAUACACACAAGGGGUGCCAACUGGGGGUAG